AUGGCUUUUCGUGGUGAACGCUUUGUCCUGGACUUGGAUGAUGAAUCUGGUCCAGAGAUUCCUUCUCAAUCCCCAUUCUCUCUCGUAGGAGAAAUUCAAGAACGGGUUCCCUCCACCGCCAUUCCCCCGGCACCAAAACUGUCAACCUCAACUGGUUUCCCAGCACCUCGCCAGCGCAAGCCAUCCUCCUUCAAACAGCGACGAGCAAACCAGUCUACUGUCGCAGAUCCCACCCCAGCUCCACUGACCGCACCGACCGUUCAAGAUGACAAGCAAACUAUCGACGAGGAGAACCGCCGCCAUCUGGCGUCCAUGUCGGACGCGCAGAUUCAACGUGAACGUGAAGAGUUAAUGGAACAGAUGGACCCGGGCCUCCUUGAACGCUUCCUUCGAAGAGCAAAUAUUGAAGAGGAUACACUGACUGGUGACGAGACUGCCUCGCCGACACCUACAGAUGAAAAGUCCUCCAAGCCGAAGAAAUCGGUAUCAUUCGAUGUGCCUGACAUUGCACCCGUUUCAUCCAAAUCCACACCCUCAACUGCGCAACCCCACUCUUUACCAAAGCCUUCAUCGGUGUCUUUGCCGCCGCACCCCAGAAAUGAAGACCUUCCUCCAUCCGCACUUCCGAAAGACCUUCACCCCGCUUCUCAACGCCCCUCCCUCGACCCGGCAACCCUAGAAACCUUCCACUUCCCUCAGCCAACCAGGCCGAUGCCAGUGCUUGAUCCGUCUUCGCCUUCCUUCCUGGCAGAUCUACAGUCACAUUACUUUCCAGAGAUAGCGCAGGACCCUUCUACACUGUCCUGGCUCCAACCUCUCUCCGCCGACGAAGAAGACCCAGACUCAACAUCUGCCUACCACCCAGCCAGCAGUGCUAUCUCCUUGGCACCGUCAGCGGUCCGCUUCUCGCUAACAGGCACAAUCCUCGCCCCCGAGACUUCUCUUUCUCUGCCGACGACCAUGGGUUUACACCAUCACGGCGACGACCCUCAUGCAGCGGGAUAUACAAUCCCGGAGUUGGCCAUCCUCGCACGCUCGACAUUCCCCGCACAGCGAUGUAUUGCGUGGCAAGUGAUCGGCCGAAUCCUGUUCCGUCUUGGUCGGGCAGAGUUCGGAGAACGGGGUGGGCAGUUGUCUGAAGGGCUCUGGUUUGUCAUUGAGAAAGAAGGUGUUGUUGCCGGUAUGCUUGCUGAAGCGGAUGGCGAUGCUGGUCAGACUCUGGGCAGAAAUAAGAGCAAACCUUCUCAAGACCAAAAGAGUGCCGAGGAAAACCCUAAUCUCAUACCUGUUGCUUCGGGUGUUGGUCGUCAUGCUAGUGCUGCUGCUUGGGCCGUUGAGGGUAUCUGGUUGUGGCAGAAGGGUGGCGGUGGUGAUCGCGGCCUUCUGAAGGAGGGCCAGCACAGAUCGACCUAA